UUCAGGUGAAUGACGUCACCGCCUCCCGCCAAAGGCGGAAGAAGACGACGCCGGUAAACCGCCCGUGUUAGUCCGCCUUUACACAUCUUUAUCGGGUCUUUUAAAAAUAGUUUUAAAAAAAAGGGCGGCUAUGGAGGCCUGCUUCACCGCGCGUAAACAGUCGACGUUUAACUUCGCGGUGUUGGUGCUCGCCUACGUCGUCUACCUGCUCGUCGGUGCCGGGGUCUUCUCCGCCAUCGAGCUGCCCUACGAGGUGGAGCUGCGGGCCGAGCUGGAGGCCUCCCAGCGGGACUUCAUCCGCAACAACACCUGCGUGUCGGAGGACGACCUCCAGGCGCUGCUGGCGCGGGCCUUGGAGGCCAACAACUACGGCGUGUCCGUCCUGGGAGGAAGCAGCCAGCGGAACUGGGACUUCAUGUCCUCCUUGUUCUUCACCAGCACCGUGCUCACCACCACAGGUUACGGUCAUACGGUUCCUCUGUCGGACGAAGGAAAGGCGUUCUGCAUGUUCUACGCCAUCCUGGGCAUCCCCGUCACCCUCUUCUUGCUCUCCGCCAUGGUGCAGAGGAUCAUGAUCCUGGUGACCCGCCGACCCCUCUCCUACUUCCCCCGCAGGUGGGCCGUGUCCAAGUCCAGGUUCGCCGUGGGCCACGCCGCCCUCCUGGCCGCGGUGGUGGCCACGCUGGUGCUCUUCAUCCCCGCCUGGGUCUUCUGGGCCUUGGAGAAGGACUGGAACUUUCUGGAGUCGCUCUACUUCUGCUUCAUCUCCUUGACGACCAUCGGCCUGGGAGACUACGUGCCGGGGGAGAGGCACGACAAAGAGGACAGCCCGCACCGCCACGUCUACAAGCUGGUCAUCACCGCGGGCGGUUGCAGUUCUGAUAAAAUGUUGGUGCGGGUGGAUGACGACUUUGGUGAUGCGGUUGUGGAUGAUAUAAUUGCCUAUCCGCGCAUCUCUAACGUCCACGGUCGGGUGUUGACGCCCAGUGUCUCGGGAAAGUCGACGGCAGCUUUAUGGACGGCCCAAGCUCAGCUAAUAUUCGUGUACCUGCUGCUGGGGCUGCUGUUGAUGCUGGUGCUGAUGGAAACGUGCGUGGAGCUGCCUCAGAUGAAGCGCCUCAGGCAGAGGUUCUACCAGGAGGACAUCCGGGAGCUGGACGGCGAGGCGGCCAACAUCAUGGAGAGCGAGCACGUCGCCGACAACUUCCGCCCGGGCGGCAUCCCGUCCGUGUCGCAGCAGGCCGCCUCCAUGCGGGCGGGCGGCAGGCAGGUGUCCUACACGCCGGCCUCAGGCUCCUCCCUCCACGGCCAACUGAGCUGAACUCGCCAAGAGAGGGGAAGUGCAAACAGACAUGGCCGCUUUUUUUUCUUCUUCCUUGUCUGCUCCUCCCCCGCGGAUAAGAGUAGGAACACAAGAGGAAGGGCUGGGAACUUUCCACUUCCGACCUGAAAGUUCACAUCUUAGCCAAUGAUUAUAAAGGCCUCUAAGGGGACCUCCGCCAAGGCCGAAUGUUUACUGCUGAUGUCACCAGGGUCUGAGGUCAGGAUGUUAUGUCAACAACACAGCAGGUGCAGCCAAGGCCAAAAUAAUCACUCCAGUUUUGUCUGCCGGGUUCAAAAAUGACGCAAAUGCAUGAACACAAAAUGUAAAAAAAGUUUUUUUCUUUUUGCAAUUCUAGCUGGAGGUCAUUGUAUUGUUACAUAAAUAUGACUAUUAGGUUUGGAUGGAUUUCAGGUGCAGCCCAAAGCCAAAAUAGUCACUCUGCUCCUGUGUUCAGUUUGUCACUAAAAAGUGAUAAAUUACCCAAAUGCGGCUUUUCUGCACACAAAACAAGUCCUGAGGUCAUGUAAAAAACUUCAUAAGAGUAUCAUAAUUAUGUGCAAUGUGUGUUUGAACACUAGGGGGCAGCACUUGCAUGCAUAAUCUAUGCCGGGGGUGUUAAACUCAUUUUAGCUCAGUGGCCAUCCAUCCUUUUUUCUACCGCUUAUUUCCUUUCGGGGUCGCGGGGGGCGCUGGCGCCUAUCUCAGCUACAAUCGGGCGGAAGGCGGGGUAUACCCUGGACAAGUCGCCACCUCAUCGCAGAGCUCAGUGGCCACAUGGAGGAAAAUAUGCCCACGCCAUCAUGGCAUUAAAACUAAAAAAAAAAAAAAAAAAUCAACUAAAGAUUGACUUUAUUAGUCAAAUAGAACAAACUAGCUUGUGUAAGGUACGCAAAAAUUUUGGUUCGGUACGUACCUCGGUUCAUUUUCGGUACAGUAAGAAAACAAAAAAAAUGGACAUUUUUGGGUUAUUUAUUUAGCAAAUUUGUAAACAAUGGCUUUAUCCUUUUAACAUUGGGAACACUAAUAAUUCUGCCCACGUUAAUCCACAUUAAACUCCUUCAACUUGUUGCUCAGAUUAAAUGACAAAACUUUUCUUCUACAUAUAAAAAGUGCAGCAUUAAACAGUUUCAGGUCAACUCCAUCCAUCCAUUUUCUACCGCUUAUUCCCCUUUGGGGUCGCGGGGGGCGCUGGCGCCUAUCUCAGCUACAAUCAGGCGGAAGGCGGGGUACACCCUGGACAAGUCGCCACUUCAUCACAGGGCCAACACAGAUAGACAGACAACAUUCACACACUAGGGCCAAUUUAGUGUUGCCAAUCAACCUAUCCCCAGGUGCAUGUCUUUGGAAGUGGGAGGAAGCCGGAGUACCCGGAGGGAACCCACGCAUUCACGGGGAGAACAUGCAAACUCCACACAGAAAGAUCCCGAGCCUGGAUUUGAACCCAGGACCUUCGUAUUGUGUGGCAGACGUACUAACCCCUCUGCCACCGUGAAGCCAGGUCAACUCAUCAUGCUUAAUUUAUCAUAGCAUUUAGGAAGCCUGUAGUUGAUUUUUAUUAUGUAAAUAUUAUAUUUUUAUCAACAUGUGAUAGCAGGGACCCUGCCAAUCAAAACUAGGCUGCUAAAUUACUAAGGAUUCAUGUAACCAUGGCUGAAAAAAAUAGUACAAUAGCAAUAGGAGAGACUAUUCAUCCCUGAACACCAUGGAGUUCAUGUAGGCUUUAUGAUUCACUUACAUUAUUAUAUCACUAGCAGACACACAUGCACGCGCACACACACACACCGCACAAUGAGCUAACGUUACGCUAAAAGUUAAUUAGCCUUCACCUCAAGCCAGGACUGCGAGCGACCUGAGCUGCAGUUUGUUUGUCAAACAUCAUCUAGAACAUUGACUGGGAGGUGUUUAUUAUAAUUUGGGGAGAGUCCGCUGCUCACCUGCCAAACACCUAUCUGCACGACGCUGAAGCGCUGACUACAUGCGCUCUGAAUACACACUGCUGAUUGGUUGUUACCGCUCUGAAUACGCACUGCUGAUUGGCUGUUACCGCUAUAUAUGUAACCAAUCAGAUGGUUGUGUGGGUGGGACAAUGCUGGGUGCUGUGUAGGAAACAGACAGAACGGAGCAGCUUGUUAAGACUUUAGCUUUGGCGGCUACUACAUAUGUUCGGUACACCUCGAAAACCGGACCGGAACCCCCGUACCGAAACAGUUCAAUACAAAUACACGUACCGUUACACCCUUGGAACAAACACAUUCUGAAAAUAUUACAAUAAAAAUAUAGAAAAAAAAUACCCGCAGCGGUCAAAUUUAGAUCCAUGAAGGAAAGAAGAAAGUAAAUUAAUAUUUUAUAACUGAAUACAUUUACACAUUCAUAAAAUGUGUUAUUUUUUUGCAAUGAAAUAAGUAACGUUUAUGACAACCUGGGCAGCACGGUGGUAUAGCGGUUAGUACAUCUGCCUAACAAUCAUUGGCGUUGUUAGGCCUAUUUUAGUUGGGCUCGAGCCCCCCUAAAAUAUUUUUAAGCCCCACUAAAAUAUUUGGUGUUAUAUUUUAUUUUAUUUAUUUGACAAAUUCAUUAUAAAGUGUCCCCAAUAUGAGUUUAAAUAAAUAAUCAUAUAACCUGUCGUCAUUCACUCAGUUUCCCCUCACUUCAUAGUGUAAGGUAAGGAGCCCCCUCGAGUGCGUCGGUUUCCAGUCCAUUCCGCACAUCACUCAAAAUCCAGUCCACAUUUUGUCUGCGACCUUGCUUGCGGGACAUAAGAAAUCUUUUCAAGAAAGUAAGUAUUCAUCACUGCUUGUAGUAAAAAGUAUUAACUCCACUUUACGCCUGAUCUGUGUUUGACGAAUAAAAACCUGUCUAGCAUAAACAA